ACUCGGACGGCGCCGCCAAGUUCCUGAGCCACGUCCCUUAUGACGAGACCUAUGACCCCGAUGAGCUGGACCCCGACAUGCCCGACUUCGACGCCGACGUGAAGAUUCCGGGGCGUCACUACCCCAAGCUGCCCUACGGACACCCGUUCCACACCCACAACGCAGGGGGCGCCUCCCUCCAUGGCCAGUCCUACCAACCCGGACACGCGAGCGGCUCUCAGCAGGCCCACGGUCAGACGGGGCACUGGUUGGGCCAAGGCUACUACCCCGACCAGAGACCCGCCAGCCCAGGGCGCGACCAGGGGUUCCAGUCGGAUCACGGCGACGACCAGGACUACUACCAGAACAAUCAGCUGUACGACCAGACCCAUCGCAAUGGCGGCGCGGGGUACGGCCAAGGGACGGGUGGCGGAGGCUGGCGGAAAGACGAGGACGAAGAUGAUUACAACGACUUCGACGACGACCACGACCCAGAGGAAGACAGCCAAGUGUCAGCCACGCAGAUGCCGACAGGCCCGCAUUUCGACAGAUCGCUCCCUCGCAGCAUCACGGUGCAGGCGGGGAAGACGGCGAGGCUUGUGUGUCGCGUCUUCGACAUCGGAGAGACAUCGGUGUCGUGGAUCCGGGUGGGAGACCUGCACAUCCUGUCGGUCGGGAAGUACAAGUACAGCACGGACAGCCGCCUCUCCGUGGUCUUCAACGAGCCCGAGCAGGAGUGGGUGCUGCAGAUCGCGGGCGUGACGGAGAGCGACGCGGGGAUGUACGAGUGCCAGAUCUCGACGAAGCCGGUCCUCAGCUUCAUGGUCAGCAUGGAGGUCGUAGCUGAGGCCUUCACCACGACGCCCUUCCCGAAGCUGAGCGACGUAGAGGAGCCACAGGUGAAGCAGUCGCAGACGGAGCAAUCAGUGCCCAGCGCGACCAUCGUGAAUGGACCGGAGAUCUUCGUGCACCGCGGGUCCCUCAUCAACCUCACGUGCAUCGUCGACCACACCACCGAGCGCCCUCUCUACAUCGUAUGGUACCACUACAACAAGAUCGUCGACUACGUGGGCAUGGGGGGCGUGGUGGUGGUGACGCAGUCGGGCCCCAACACCAUCAGCCACCUGCUCGUGAGGGACGCCGGCGAGUCGGACUCCGGGAAGUACACCUGCAAACCCUCCAACGGCGAGGAGGCGUCCGUCACGCUGCACGUGCUCAAUGGCGAGCACCCGGCGGCCAUGCAGACCAACACCAGCACGAGGAUCAUGACGUCUCUCGCCAGCCUGUUCGCGGCGGCCUCCCUCGCCGUUGCCGCCAUCGCCGUGGCCUGCGCCUGCUAGAGUCCCGCCGCCUUCGAGUGAGAGAGAACAGGGAGAAGAACAGAUGAUCAAGGACUUCUUUGUGUCUGACUUAUCACUGCGCAGGAUCAUAUUUUGAACAUGACGUACUGGUUCUUGUCCUUUGCCCUCGCUCCACCGAAGCGAGUCCGUAGGUGUCAAGAUGUAUACUCUGUUGUUAUUCGGUGGAGGCACAGAAGGUGUAUUAACAUUUUCCUUCAUUGGUGCUACAGAUCAAAUAUUUUGGUCCUUUUUUCAUUUUUGCAUACUUGAAGACAGAUUUCCCCUUGCAAGAUGCAGGGAAUGUAUCCGAUUUUUGUUGUUUUUUGGAACAAAGUGCCACAAGUUGCUGGACAUGAGGAAGCGCCAGCCAAAGUGCUGCCGCGAGUGCAUAGUAUCUGGCCUCUUGGCUGUUCAGUAUUCUAAAAAGUUAUAUCAAAAAUAAAAUAUAAAAAUCUGUUGGGAAAAAAAUGUAAAAUGAAGUUUAUUCACAAAGAAAAAUACUCGCUCCUACAGUGUCUGUCAACGUGUUCUUUAAGGAGACUUAAUACUGUGAAAUUCUUCCGGGCCUUUUCUCCUCUCGCACAGAGGUUUCCGAAUGGAAAGCAGCAACAGGUCUUUUCAGAAAGCUGCAUAUAAAAGCUUUCGUCUGAACCCAGCGCGAAUCCAGAUUUGUUUUUUAUUCCCUAUUCUGUUUUCCAUUUUCGGUCUUAUGACAGAAAGCAUCACAAGAAGAGGGAUGCCUUGUGCGUGGCGCGACUCGAGACGCGGAAAGGCGCCGCUCCUCUCCGGGCAAACUGACGACGGUUUUUGUACAUAGUGAAACGUGACUUUUUUAUCAGGAGUAUUGUUAUUGUUCUUCAGCAUAGCAAGGUACUUCAUGCGGUCAAUGUGUUCAGUCAGAAUGUUCGACGAAGAAGCCUUUCCUCGGCGCAGUCCUCGGCCUCUCCCCCAUUGCCACGUCACAGAAAUUGGAAACAAAAUGGCGACGAUUCGCGGUCUUCCUCUUUCUAAGAUUUAUUUCGAUGUACAAGGAAAUCUAUUUUUACAUUUGCAUAUUUCUCUUUUCUUCUACGUAAUCCCAUUGCCUUUGUUCUUCACUUCUUUAUUGUAAGAUAAGAUAAGGAGACUUGUUAACAUAUUUAUAUUCUCGUAUGUUUAUGUUAUAUUGCAAAAUAUUGUUGCAUUAUUUUUUCAGUUGAACAUGCAACGUUCAUACGUUUGUGGAUAAAGGAAAACAUUGAAAUUAAAAUGAAAAGAGAGCUGGGGAGACAAGGAUAUAGGAAUAUAGGAAGAUACAGAGAGAGAGAGAGAGAAAGAGAGAGAGGGAGAAAGGGAUAUAGAUAGAGAGAGGGAGGGAGGGAGAGAGGGAGAGAGGGAGAAAGGGAGAGAGGGAGAGAGAGAGAAAGAGAGAGAGAGAGAGAGAGAGAGAGAGAGAGAGAGAGAGAGAGAGAGAGAGUGAGCAAAGCGGGAAGAAAGGGGAAAUAAAAAAAGGAGUUGUGAGGAACGUCGCCAGAGCAAUCGUCAGAUAAAGGAUUAGGAAUGCUUGUAAACGCAGGAAUGUAUCGCCAUAGAAGAUGGAGAGAGAGAGAGCCGAGAGGUUCGGACAAGAAUAAAUGAAUAAAUAAAAAAAUGAUGAAG